AUGAGUUCCAAGAGAUCAAAGCGAAGAAAAGAAGCCAAAAGCAAGGAGGUAAAGAAAGACCUAACACCUCAGUUCGUGAACUGUGACCUUGCGGACAACAAGUAUUCCGGGAUAAUCCGUGAGGAUCACCUGGGCUCUCAGUUUCUCGAAGGGCUCUCCUCCACGUACAUCUGGUCAACCGGCACCAAGUACGAAGGGCCUUUCAUCGCGAGCCAGAUUGAGGGCCGGGGCAAAUUUACCUGGCCCGAUGGAUCCAAGUACGAGGGGGAACUAUUAGGUGGAAGACGGAAUGGCGAUGGCGCCUACGAAGCCCUAGACGGCAAGACUCGCUACGAUGGCCAGUGGCUGGAUGGCAAGCGGCACGGGCAGGGCAAGCUCACCUACAACUCCGACACCACCUCGUACUACGACGGUGGCUGGCAGGCUGGCCAGAAACAUGGCUAUGGGAAGCAGUUGUGGCCAAGCGGAAACUGCUACGAAGGAGAAUGGAAGCUGGGGACAAUGAGUGGACAUGGAACCAUGAUUUGGAGAAACGGAACCAGUGCUGAAGUCUACACUGGUGAGUGGGUGGACAACUGCCCGCAUGGUGAGGGCACGCACACCUGGCUCACCAUGGACCCGAGCACCGAUGCUGCGACCACGGAGAGCUGGCUGAAUCGCCCGGCAUCUCCGCCUUCGGCGCAGGUCACGGGCUCGCCUGGCUUCAACUCACAGCAGGAGCUGCGCCGACAUGAAGCUCAAAUUCACGCCACGCAACAGCUCAACAAUCGCUACACUGGCCAGUGGGUGUGGGGCCGACGGGAGGGUACCGGAACCUUCUACUAUGCAAAUGGCGCCUACUACCAUGGCGAAUGGAAGGGCAACGUCAAGGAGGGUCACGGUCGGCACACCUUCGACGAUGGGAAAGUGUACGAUGGGAAGUUUGAGGCAGACCGCAUGGUGGAUUACAGCCGCCCAGAGCCUUCCGCGAAGAGUUUGGACGACAAUCCUAUUUGUGGUUGCACAGAUAUCACCGACAUGGAAGUUAUCUUGAGGCCAUCAGACAAAGCCGGCUUCACACAGACACCGGGGUCUGGUUACAGCGACCCUGUGAAGAUCUUGAAGGGCAUCUACAACGUCCUCUUGAGGAAUCUGGGAGAUCUUCGCGAGGGGUAUUCGCGCUCCCGAUCGGUACAGCCACAGCUCGGCGAG